AUGUCGACGUACCGCGAGUUGUUGGAGAUCGAGGUAUACACACAGCACUGGUACCGUAAAGCGGGGCAGACAGCCUCGCGGUUUCCUGCCACACAGCUCCUCACUGGUGGGAUGCUCUUGCCUUUCAAUAUGCGGCAUCCCAUCGCGCUUUCCCGCCACGACAGAAACAGCGGCGCACUUGCCUUUUGUGAUUUGGUUGCAUAUGUCUUGUAUAUAUCGCGAUUUGUUUGGAUAUAUUUGGCCGCUUCGAUGCGUCUCCUCUACCGCCAUGCGGCCUGGGCUGUCGGCGCUCCCCUCCUCUCCUAUGCAGCCGUCAUCAUGAUAGGCGUCACCCCCUUUGUGCAGCGACAUAUCCUAUACGCUCACAAAUUAUAUCAAUGGUGGCAGAACUCUGAUUUACCCCAGAACUGGGGCUUCGCUCGGAACCAAGUCACCUCGUUCCACCUUCCGACGGAAGAUGGCGAGUCAAUUCACGCUUGGCACGUCCUGCCUCUCCCCGCGUAUCGCCAGCACCACGAGGUCCUCGAGAUGCAGCCGACCGGUCACUGCGACGACGUCACAACUUCGGAAUCGCUUCGUAUCCUCAAGAAUGACCCCUCGGCCAAGCUGAUCGUUUACCUGACUGCUACUAUUCAGAUCAAUGCUAACACGUAUUAG